AUGCAAUGGAUCAAUUUGCCACAAUAUCUGCCAAUAUCUUUGAUAUUAAUUAUUCUCACCAUUCUUGGCCUUAAUCAUCUUUGCCUUACUUCACUUAUAAGCCCUGCUAACUUUCAACAGCUAACAAUGCUAGGAAUUUCAUAUUUAACAUAUGAUGGUCUUACAAAUUAUCUAUACUAUUUCCUUGAUAUCAUAUCAUCUGCUGAUUAUUUAUUAUUCAAUUCAUGGACUGCAUUUUAUUUGGGCAUAUUAAAUGGUUUACACCUUCUUAUUGCCAGUCCAUUAUUAUAUCAGCAAUAUUUCUCGCUGUCAUCAUGUCAACGUUUACGUCAAUCAUUGGCUCUUCACGUGGGACUUUUUAGUCUUUUAACUGUCACAAUCCUUUUAUCACCCAAUUUAUAUGCUAAUAAAAUUAGCUGGUUUUGUCCGACAAUUUUAUUUUCAAUUUUUAAUAUAAGCCAAGAAAAUGUAUCAGAAAAAACGGAUAAUGGAUUAAUUUCAUUACUGAUCACUGCAGUUUUAUCACUUAUUGCUUCAUUUGGUAUCAUUUUAACACAGCUUAGUUUGAUAAAUUUGAUUUGGGAAGAUAUGUUACGUCCAUGGCUUAUACGACGUCCAUUACAGCAACAAAUUGGAUCAAUACAGGUUAGUUUUUCAUUUUUAUAA